AUGUCCACUCCAGAAUGCUACCCUAGCGAUGGAAAAGCCCCCGAAAGUGCACCAAACGCCUUCUUCAAUUCAUGUCCAGAAGAGAUUCUCCAGCUCCUCUUGUUCUCCCUCUCCGACCCAAGUGCAUUUUCACAAGUCAACCGACGUAUUAACAGCGUCUCGCGCAUACCCUGGGUCGUUGCCCAAUAUUUCAUCAUUCGCCACGGAAAGAAUGAAGCGCUUUACCACGCCCUUGGACGUGGCCGGUUAUUGUGUCCAAGUGUGCUGAAUAUCUUGCUCACGAGUGGUGCCGUCAUUUCACGUUAUUUGGUUCAGGUCGCGUUUCACCACUAUUUUUACACUUGCAGCCAUUUUAUCAAACCUUCGACCCCUUGGGCUCGCACCGUAUCUCUCGCGAAUUUUUCGAAUUUCCUGUUGGUCGCCGCCGAACGGCUGGGGGAUGAUAUUCCUAAAGCAAAACACGAGGACGAUGGGACUCUCUUUUCAACUUUCAUUAAGGAAGCAAGAUACGAGAAUCCACGCGUCUCAUGGGAGACGAUACGGGAAAUUUUCGAGACAUACCACUUCAUGCCAUUCUGUAACCGUGACCCACUCAUGACUCAACUUCCUCUUGCGCUUGCUAUCGAACCGCGACUUCUUCCAUAUGCUGUCGCAAAUGGUUUCCAUAUGGAUGCCAAGUAUCGCGAUUUCGUCUUCCGUAAAAUGUUUGAACGCUCCUCUGCUACUGUUCAACUUCAUACGGAAGAGAUCUGCUCCAACGUCCGCGAACUGUGUCGUCUCGAUGCCAGUAUGUUCAUCACACGAACUGUCGCGGCCGAGGUGUGCAUCGAGGCGGAUUCUAAUGAGGCAGGUUAUAAGGCCUUGAAACAGCUAAAUCGAACGGGAGAUCUGGCAUUCUCACUGACGGACUUGGUGACGGACAUUAUCAAGCUAUUCUUGAAAGCCCGUGCCAUAACGACGGCGACAACUCGUCAAAUUCUCACGAAACUGUACAAAGAUUUCCUGCUGCCUCCCCCAGGAAAGGCGGCUGCAGAUCUAGACCCUCUUGUCAGACGAGCCAUGUUUUUGACAGUAUUUGCUGCCGAACCAUACGUUGCAGUCAACGCCAUGACGGAGCGUCUCGACCCUCUGCGCCUCGGACCACUUACCCUCAACGAUGCGACAGACAUUCUGUUGAGCGCGUUUGUUGAACGACAUCAGCCGAUGUUCGACUACCUUCGCCGAACAGGGGUUGCAUCUGAUAGCUCGCCUAGCCAAACGCGAAAGGUCACCAGUGCUGAUUUGCGAGCGCUGGCUGAGGAAGUCGCUCUGAGAUGUCUUACGCGUGAAAACAAAGGCAAAACUCUCAAACGUUUACUCGAGGCUUAUCCUGGCAUCAAGCGUCUUGUUAGCAAGACUAUUUUGGAGAACUACCAAAUAUCUAUAGAGGAGUUGAAGCCAGGGUAUCGGGCCAAACUUGGACGGAGAUGUGCAUGGGGUGUCUCUGCAUCUAGUUCCAAUAGUGAUUCAGAGGCCGAGAACGACGAAGAUGAUGAUGAGGACGACGAAGAGGAAGACGAUGUUGUUAACACGGAUGAGGAGAUGGAAGUUGACGACGAAGAUCAUUCGAGCAUUGGUGGAGACAGCAACUUUGCUAGUGAAUCAGAAAUAGUACGCGACCUGGGCUCGAUUGGGCUGGAACCUCUCUCUGUUAUGCUGCGACGUGACGAGGCAUCGCAAAGACACCAAGGAAGACGGCGACGUUACUUUAUGUAUACCUCAGCCAGCGUUAAUAACAGCGCCAGGCAUCCAGCUGAUACACGCACUGUGUCGGCAUUAAUCAAGUCGGAAUUCUCUGCCAGCAGUCCGGUCACCGCUGUGUUUCUCCUUCACAGCAUCGUAAACAACAAUGGAGGAGUCUUGUACAGUUAUCUUGCAGGAUCUGACGCAGCAACACGGGUACCACUUACCCUCAAACACUUCAAAAUCCUUGCUCAACUAGGAACUUCCAGUGCUGCUUACACUUUAUUCGAACGAAUUAGGGAAGGUGCUCCCUUCUAUGCCUCUGAACACGACUACAUAUCGCCCAUCAAGCUAGAGCCUGAUGCGGACAUCAAGCCAGGAAAGACUGCCAAGGUCAAGGUAGAGACUGGCGAAAAGCGACCUCGACGCUCUGUGACCAGCAUCAAUUCGUAUAUCGUUCCGGACUCGGACGACGAGGCUAUCGCUCAAGUGGAUGACUUGAACGACGAAUUCAUCGACUAUCGUUUAGGCGACGCAAAGCGCAAACGGGCCACCAAGGUCGAGAAGGAGAGGAAGCCCCAUGAAUCGCACUUGCAACAGUGGAUCAAAGCGUUGAGCGAAUUGCUCAAGGAAGAAGAGGCAAAGUAUAAGGAAGAGAGAAAGAAGCGUUUGGAAGAGGGGAAGGCAGCAGGUGUCGUUGGAAAGAUACGAGUCGCAAAGAACGACUUUUUGCGCUCAUUGAACGUCAACUUGCGAAUACUGCGGCUUUCCGAUGAGCAGGAGCGCCGAUCCUCUGGACCAAACCCGCUGUUCGAUGUCGCAGACAGUGAUGGGGAUGACACAGAAUAUCGACAACCUCCACGCAAGAAACGCAAGACGAUCACCUCCGCUUAA